AUGUCUGCGGUAACUCAACAGCAACAACAACAGCCAAAGAUAGUGCCCAAAAGCAAGGCAAAAGAAACCGCUGUAGGAUUUGUGAUUGGUGGUUUAGCAGCAUGUGGUGCUGUAACAUUUACGAACCCCUGGGAGGUAGUGAAAACUCGUCUUCAAUUGCAAGGUGAAUUGGUUCGAGCAGGUGCCCUUUCUGAAGCAGCUCGCCCUUAUCAUAACAGUUUUCAAGCACUUAAAGUUGUUUUACAACAUGAAGGCAUUCGAGGAGCACAGAGGGGUCUUAGUGUCGCCUAUUUUUAUCAAAUCUGUUUGAACGGUAGUCGAUUGGGUCUCUACGAGCCAGUGCAAACCAACAUCAUCAAGGCUUUGAACUUGAAAUCAGAAGGUAGUAUUUUGGCAUCAGGCAUCUUUUCUGGCGCUUUUGCUGGUGUUGUCGGUGCUGUGCUUGGCUCUCCCCUUUAUUUGAUCAAGACUCGCAGACAAUCCUUCUCUCCUGUUUUCAAGAACAUUGGGCACCAGCAUGAAAUGGGAUCUGCAUUGAGUGCAUUGGGACAAAUUUAUCGUACAGAGGGUAUUCGAGGUCUCUAUCGUGGUGCAGAUGCUGCCAUGGUAAGAGCAGGUGUUGGAUCAGCUGUUCAAAUGCCCACUUAUAUGAUCGGUAAAGAUAUCUUGCUCAAGAAGUUUGGAUUUCCUGAUGAUUUCAGCACUCAUUUCGCUACUUCCAUGUUUACCGGUGUGUUGGUUUGUUUGGCAAUGAAUCCAUUUGAUGUCAUCUCGACCCGUAUGUACAAUCAAGGUGUGGAUCCUGUUACAGGUAAAGGUGUCUUGUACAAGAGUCCCGUGGAUUGUUUCGUCAAGAUGGUCAAGAUUGAAGGCGUGCGUGGUCUCUAUAAGGGAUUUUUGGCUCAUUAUCUGCGCAUUGGACCCCAUACUACCCUCAUGUUUGUGUUUAUGGAACAAUUGAAAAAGAUUUACAACAAGGAGUUUGCCUAG